GUCAUCGAGCUGCGCAGAGGGCGGACUAAUGACAAGACGACAUGUCUCAAGCCGCAAAGUAAGAGCGAGGCAUGUGUAUUGUUGUUCCCUGGCGCUGCCCAGCGAACUCGGUUCCUUGCGGAAACUGUGCCGCAAGCUGGAUUGUGAUUCCGAAGCUCCAGGUUCAUCCUCUCGAACUUUCCUCCAUCAUUCCACGCACAUCCGACGCAUUUGUCAAUUAUCCCCAUCGGGUCAACAACCGUCGGUUCUUGAUGGUUUGGCUAGACGACGAUACUCGAUGCGCAGGGAGGCUCAACCAUGACAGUCGUCGGCCCCUUGACGACCACGUUUCGAGCCCCGUCAAGUUGCACAACCACCACUCCGCAACUUUACCAAGUCCGAUCCGGAAGCGACUCGAGAUACGUCGAGGGACCACUCUUCACCUCAGGUUCCAACUGCUUUCCCAGCGGCUUUGACCCUGCGCCGACGAAUUACUAUUCGCCUGGUUGGUGUCCAUAUGGAUACACAACAGCCUGUUCAAGUCUCGCCUCAUUGAGCACCGAGACGGAGACGGCCGUCAUAUGUUGCCCGACCCAUUUUAGGUACACUUGCGCCCUCCCCGUUUCUUCUGGUCAGCGCUCUGUCGGCUGCACAACAGCAUGGGCGUCCGCAUUGGCCGUUCUCGGCGUCACGGUCGUUUCGGACGGCGAGGUCGGCACCACAACGGUGGUCUCCGAGACGUCGAACGCAAUUACCGCCUACGGCAUCCAGGUCCGCUUCAGAUCAGGCGAUCCGACGCCGGCGUCAGCGACCGACAACUCCGGCAUCUCCGUCAUAAGUAGGACAUCAACCCCAACAGUAUCCAUCCCAACUCAGCUCCUCAUCCCAACACCGGCCCCGUCCUCUUCCAGCGGCGUCAGCACCCCCGUCGCAGUCGGCAUCGGGGUCGGCUCCGCGGUAGCAGCCUUCAUCAUCGCUGGUUCAAUAGGUCUCUUUUUCUUCUUGCGUUGGCGGAGGAAAAAGAGAUCGGCCAGAUCAAGACCACCAUCAGCUUCACCGCCUCCGGUCCCGCCCAAGGAGUUGCCAGCAUCGCCGUUCCCUUACCGCACGGUGCCGCCGCCGUAUGAGCUCUCCGACCAGGCCUCGCCGCGACGGCCGGUGUCUAUUUCGAAGACGCACCUGUCAAUGUCGCCUGUUACGGCAAGGUCACCUGUGCCUGGGUGGAGAGGCGAUAGCGACGUGUUAGGCGCCUAUAGGGCGGUUGAACUGGAGGCAGAUUUGCCCAGCGAGGCUUCAUUGAGAGAUCGCGCGUCGCCGGAGUCGUCGAGCAGUCGGUGGACGGACAGGCAGGGGCGCGGUGGGAUUUCGCCAACGCCUUGGAUAUAGGAGGCCUUCCGGGCGGAUGUCGGGACUAGGUUCCGAGUGGUGGACCGCCGCUUGGUUUCAUGUCGCGCACGUGGUGGCGGACUUCGAUUCUUGUGUGAUCUUCGGGCCGGGCCGAUGGGACUG